CCGUGACAUUUUGCUGGAGCGGUUUGGGUGAACCUGGAAGUCGCUGAAGGGCCCAACUUUCUGGAACAACAUUGUGUUGAAGUCGUGACCGCUGAAUUAUACACCUUUCAUACUGAAAAGCACGUAUGAGCUUACUUCCCAGCAAACGGCUGGGCGGGCUGGUGGCGCCGCCCGCAGACCACAUGCCUCGUGGUGGACUAGUCGGAGCGCUCCCACAACGCAGCGCCACGCGUGGGCAUGUCAGGACAGCAGAAGUCGCCACCAGCGCGCUCCGGUUACGGCGCGGCACCGCCGGCACCGGCAGCAGCAGCAGCGGCAGUAGCAAGGGUGGCAGCGGCAGUAGCACCAGCACCAGCACCAGCAACCUCGGCAGCCGGGCAGCCCAGCUAUUCGAGCUAGAGAAGGAAGGCGGGUACGUGUCCGCCGCGCCUGCCCCCACCCCCACCCCCGCCGCUGGCAGUGGCGGCGGCGACAGCGCCAACGGCGAUUUCCUCGACGAUGGCUGGGGUGUGGUGGCUGUAGCACCGGCUGGCGGCUCGGCUGCUACUGCCGCCGCCGCCAAGGCGGUUGCAAAGAAGGACAAGAAGAAAGACAAGAAGGCGGCUGCGGGGCCGGCGGGAGCGGCAGUGAGCGGCGUGGCGGCGGCGGCGGCCCAGACGGCGGCGGCGAAGCGGCAGGCGCGUGCGGAUUCGCGUGGGACGCCGUUUGUGGACAAGAACAGCGACGCCGGCAUCACUGGCCUCACGCUGCUGCAGGCGCGGCUGCUGGAGGCGGGCCGUGUGGCGCACAGCCAGCAGCAGAAGCAGCGCGUGGCGGCGGAGGCGGCGGCGCGGAGGGAGCGGCUGGCGGCCACGGCCGGCCGCAAGAAGGACUGGGUGGACCCGGACGAGCUGGACGAGGGGGACGAGGACGAGGAGGUGGGGUUUGACACGCUGGACGAGCAGCAGCAGUACUUCGAGCUGAACCUGGAGGCGGACGGAACCACGGAGGUGGUGGAGUUUGACGAGGAGGGCCGCGAGCGCCUCCGCCGCACACCCGGCGCCGCGCCGGCAGGCGCCAGCGGCCGCGCCGCCGCCGCCGCCGCCCUCCACAAUGACGACGACGACGACCCCCUCGCUUUCCUCAACGAGGAUGCGCCGCGGCCCGCGGCAGCCGCCGCCGCCGCCCGCGCCGCCGCCGGCCCCGGCAGCGCCGCCGCCGCGGCGGCGGCAGCAGCCGCCGCCAAGCGCGGCGGAGCCGCGCCUCGACGCGCUUCAGACGAUGACUCAGAUGAUGAUGACUUUGACUACAAUGGAGAUGGGUUGCCGGGAAGCAACCCGAUCGCCGAUGAGGAGGUGGAGUGGGGGCUGGACGAGCUGCAUGGGCCCGGCAAAAGGCCCUCGCUGCUUCGCGAAAUGGGCGUGAUAAAAACGAAAAAGGGCAAGAAGAAAAACGAGGUUCGCGAGGAGGCGCGCAUCGCGGCCGAGCUCGCAAAGGCGCAGCAGGCGACGGGCAAGGGCAAGAAGGGGAAAGCCGGCGCGGCGGCGGCGGCGGCGAGCGGGAAGGCUGGCGAGGAGGAUGAGGACGAGGAGGGGAUGGACGUGGGCGUGGCGUGGGGCGGCACUGGCGGCGCCAGCGGCAUCGACAUGGAGGCGCAGGAGGCGCUCCUCACUCGGCUGUUCAAGCCACACAAGGUGAAGCAGCUGAUGGAGCACCAGCGCGCCGCGGAGGACGAGCUGGCGGCCAUGAAGCGGAAGGCCACGGGGCGGCAGGUGCUUGAGGCCAAGACGCACAGCCGCAUGCGCAUCAUCUCGGGCAGCGCGGCGGGGCGGCAGCUGGCCAGCAGCAAGGGCUCCAUGACGCGGCCCAUGAUGGAGAAGGUGCGCCAAGCCAUCUUCAACAUGAUCCAGGCCCAGGCCGGCUCGGGCGGCGGCCUGCCGCCACACGCCCGCUGGCUGGACUUCUUCGCGGGCACGGGUAGCGUGGGGCUGGAGGCGCUCAGCCGCGGCUGCCGCGAGUGCCACUUCAUAGAGCUGGACAGCUGGGUGUGCCGCAAGGUCCUGGGGCGCAACAUCGCCACGUGCGGCUUCGAGCGGCAGGCGGUGGUGCACACCAUGAAGGCCGAGGACUUCCUGCGCAAGAGCAUACAGCUGCCGAGGUUCGCGGGCGGCGCCUUCGACUUCAUCUCUGUGUGCCCGCCCUACCUCGUGGUGAGCUACCCGGAGCUCAUGGGGCUGCUGGAGGCAUCGCCGCUGCUGCACGACCGCUCCAUUGUGUUCGUGGAGUACCCCAUGCAGCUGGCCCACCAGGUGCCCGCCACGCUGGGGCCGCUGGCCACGGUGCGCGACCGGCGCUACGGCCGCACCUGGAUCCGGGUGUACGGCCCUGCGGACGGCCCGGUGGCGAUGUACGACGAGGAGGAGGGCGAGGAAGGCCCCGAGGCGGGGGAGGAGGACGAAAUGCUGAUCUGAGCAGAUGCGGAUGUGCAGAUAUGCGGCUUUGAGGAGCCAGGUUUUGAGGGGCUGGCGGAUUCGCAGCAGCCAUCUUACGAAGGACUGGGUCUGGAGGACCUGGGGCUGGGUCCGGCUGUUGGGCGAUAUAGUGUUUGCUUGGAGGCAGGAGUGGUAGGGAACAGCUAGGGUAGUGUGUGUGUGUGUAUGUGUGUGUGUAUAGGCGGGCGGCUGUGGCAUGACACGGGCACUGGGCACGGGCCGCAGGGCCUGGCAAGUCUGGGGUUCCGGUGACAUAACGCAACACGAUACGACACGGCACGGCAUGGGCCCCACGACACGGUACGGCAAGGCCAGGACGCUGGUGGGGGAGGGUGUGAGGGCGCCGGGUUGGCCGUGAGGAGAGCGGAGGCGGCAGCGGCGGCGACCGUGGGGCUGGGUCCCGACAGCGCGAGGUGUCGUCGCAACUGCCCACUGAUUGGGCGAGGGCUGCGUGGCUGUCGGUGUGUGUGUGUGUGUGUGUGUGUGUGUGUGUGUGUGUGUGUGUGUGUGUGUGUGUGUGUGUGUGUGUUGUUGAACAACGGAUCAAAAGCCCGCCCUCGUGUGUGUGCGUGUGUGCCUCUGUGUGGUUGAGGCACGAGGUUAAGUAUAGGCGAUUGGGUGGUGUGGAGGUGCUUCUGAAGGCAGCAGCGUUGCAGGCGCAUGCAUGGGGGUUACGGUGUUGAGAAGGUCGGGUCUUUUGACUCAUUGUCGACAUGUCAUGAGUGGCGGGUCGGCAGCAGACCGCCAGACCGGGGCCCCAGUGACGGGCCCCGGGCUUCAACACCGUUCGGUAGCAAUAGCCGCGACACAACCUUACACCUGUUGCGGAGUGCGGUCGUGCUGACAGGUGCUGUCAGCAUCACAGCACACAAACGGAUGACUUCCGGUCACGCCUGGUGGUAUAACGAGCAGUGGCGCACUGCCCAGUGGGCCACAGGCCUGCACGAGGCUGACGCAGCAGGGCAGAGGUGGCUGGCCCCUCGCCGGCUCGGUGGACCGCCCAGUUCGCCUUGGCAGCUGCUGGCUGCGCCAACAGCAGCGCUUGGUUGCGGGCACCACCUAACUACCUUGGUAAC